AUACACGCCUGAAUUGAUCAGUCUGCGAGGGACGGCCUUAAAUCCAAACUUGGAACUUCUUCUUCUUCUCGGCCCUAACCAAAUCUAAUCAAACAUUCGAAAGCUAUCCAGCUCUGUCUCUAAGUGUAGAAUAUCUCCACUUCCUCGUUUGUUUCUGGGUUUUUCUCCGUUCACUACACAUGGGUUCUGAUGCAGAUAUGGAGGAUUAUGGGUUUGAAUACUCAGAUGAGGAGCCUGAGGAACAAGAUGUUGAUAUUGAGAAUCAGUACUACAAUUCAAAAGGUAUGGUUGAAACUGACCCUCAAGGAGCUCUAUCGGGGUUUACUGAAGUAGUGCGGAUGGAACCUGAGAAAGCUGAAUGGGGGUUCAAAGCUUUAAAGCAGACUGUCAAGCUCUACUAUAGGUUGGGGAAGUACAAAGAAAUGAUGGAAUCUUAUAGAGAGAUGCUCACAUAUAUCAAGUCGGCAGUGACAAGAAAUUACAGUGAAAAAUGUAUUAAUAAUAUAAUGGAUUUUGUUUCUGGAUCGGCAAGUCAGAACUUUGCUUUAUUGCAAGAGUUCUAUCAAACCACCUUGAAGGCCCUGGAAGAGGCAAAGAAUGAGAGACUAUGGUUCAAGACAAAUUUAAAACUUUGCAAGAUUUGGUCAGACAUGGGUGAAUAUGGGAGAAUGAUUAAGAUAUUGAAGGAACUUCACAAAUCUUGCCAAAAGGAUGAUGGUACAGAUGAUCAGAAGAAAGGUACUCAACUGUUGGAAGUAUAUGCCAUUGAGAUUCAAAUGUAUACCGAGACUAAGAACAAUAAAAAACUCAAGCAACUAUAUCAAAAAGCACUUUCAAUUAAGUCAGCUAUACCUCAUCCACGAAUUAUGGGAAUUAUCCGCGAAUGUGGCGGUAAAAUGCACAUGGCAGAGAGGCAAUGGGAUGAGGCUGCAACUGAUUUCUUUGAAGCUUUCAAGAACUAUGAUGAAGCUGGGAAUCAGAGGCGUAUUCAAUGCCUAAAAUAUUUGGUUCUAGCUAACAUGUUGAUGGAAUCUCAAGUUAAUCCAUUUGAUGGCCAGGAGGCAAAACCUUAUAAAAAUGAUCCAGAGAUUUUGGCAAUGACAAAUCUGAUAGCAGCAUAUCAACGAAAUGAGAUAUUGGAAUUUGAGAAAAUCCUGAAGACAAAUCGAAGGACAAUCAUGGAUGACCCCUUUAUUCGCAAUUAUAUUGAGGAUCUCUUGAAGAAUGUCAGAACCCAAGUUUUGCUUAAGCUUAUCAAGCCUUACACAAGAAUCCGUAUACCAUUCAUUUCAGCAGAACUCAAUGUUCCGGAGAAGGACGUUGAGGAGUUACUGGUUUCACUAAUAUUGGACAAUCGUAUUCAAGGGCAUAUAGACCAAGUUAACCGCCUCUUGGAACGUAGUGACAGAUCGAAAGGAAUGAAGAAGUACACUGCCAUUGACAAAUGGAACACUCAGCUGAGGUCUCUUUCCCAGACAGUAGGAAACCGAGUAUGCUAGUUGGCUGAUGGUGGUGGUGGUGGUGGUGGUGGUGGUAUAGCACCGACCUGAGUCUUUGUCCUCCUCCUUCCUUAUAUGAACAAACUUUUGUUGAGAAAAAAGAAAGACCUAAUUGUAUGUUGAGAAGAAACAGUAGUGAAUUUGGGCUCAGUUUUAUAUUUCAUUGUGCCCUGCCCCCCUGAGUCUAUAAAUUCCUUUUCUUCUACUUCUGAGGUGUUACACCAGAGGGUUCUUUUUGUAAGUGAAUCUGUUUUCAAGUUUCUUAUUGCCUACCUUUUAGAACAACAACAACUAUGUACUAUCAUCAUUAUCAGAUAGAGAAAAUUUGACUCAAUUUUUAAAGAUGAUAUGAGAUUUGAACCA